CACUGUUGUUGUAACACCUGUCGGCGCCAUCUCCAAACAUCCACUUUCGGGUUUUGGUGUUGUCAGUAUAUUUGACCAAAAUGAAUAUCUUGCAUACUAUAGUAUGUGAUAUUGCUCCAGAUAUGCUCCGUUCUGUGCCGAUUCCAAAGUCUUUUAGAGACAUUUUCCGUCUAUCAUUAAAGGAUGUGCUAGCCCUCACUGUUUUCGGCUCAUUCAGUGGAGCCAUCGGCUAUGCUGUAUACACUACUGUAGUGCUUCAUCUUGGAAAACGGAGGAUCCUUAUCAAUAAUGAUAUUCGGAAACAUAUUACUAAAUGUGUUGACGUUGUAGAUAUUGAGUCCAUAACAGAUAAAAAGGUGUACUGCCGAUGCUGGAGAUCGUCUAAAUUUCCUUAUUGUGACGGUGCACAUAACAAACAUAACGAGGAAACUGGAGACAACGUUGGCCCGCUCAUAAUUGAGACCAAAAAGUCAUCGUAAUGAGUCUGGACACAAAUUAGUAAUAAUUUCCUGAUUGCUCCGUAAUUGUAGCCGCAAUUUCGUAAUUACCUCAACUGUGUUUUAUUUCCAGUUUUAAUUUGUUUUAUUAAACGUAACAGCAUAUUGACAUAAUACCCAGUGAAAUACAUUGUUAGCAAAUAAACUGCUUCUGCUCUUUUUACUAAUUGAAGUUAGGUCUUAUUACGAAAUCCAUUUAAGAAAAUUUAAACUGUAAAUUAUCUGGCCGUAACUUCAUUAGGAUAGAAUAUCUUUAUAAUUACCCCAUCACGUUGAGCAAGUGAAUUAAAGGUAGUUGAAUGGCGAAAAAAAGCCUACGUAGCUCUCGGUUUUCGUCCCUGACCGCUCGAUUUCGUGUGGGAUGGGAUUGGCAAUCCCAUACCCAACCUUCCUUUAUCCGGACUAGAAACUGGCAUUAACCCUAGAGGGGCCCCAAGCGGAGUUAUAAUCAGUCACUACGCAAGAUCAGUUACUAACAUGUACCACCAUCAUUUCUGUAUUGCUAUGUAGAAUCUCCUUAGUAUUUACAUAACAUCUAUUUGUAACUUAUUGUUACCUGAUGCUUCCACCUUAACGUU